GGGAUUUCGGCAGCAACGUUACUUCAGCUCGUUGUUUGUUAGAUUUUGCAACAUUGGGUACAUGUGAAUUGGCUCCAAUCAUCACUUAACCUACAUACAGCUGUUGAAGCUAAAAAGAGAGACAGAGAGAAAGAGUGUGGGAUAAUGUAUAUUGUAUAAUUCGAUUGUCAAGUUUUACUUUAUUUAGUAUGAUUCCAAUUAGAGUUCGAAAAAAAACGAAAACUACAUUUACCUUCUAUCGUGAUAUUUCUUUUCUAGUUGUCUUUCUUCUACUUUCUACAUAUCUACUUUACAAAUUCUUUACACUUAUUUGUCAACUUAUACUAUACAGUCAUGAUUCUUUAGAUAUCAUAAUUUAUCAAAGUCCUUGCUUUCUUAUUUUCAUUUCUAUAUUCCUCUAUUUUAUUGAUACUUUAUCAAAUGAAUUGAACUAUGUAUUGAGUCGUGGAGAUCUAUGUUUAAUGCAUCAGACAAAAGAUGAUAGAAGGCGAUUAACUAUCCUCUUCUAUUCCCUUAUUAUUUCCACUUUCAUCUUAUGUUCAUUCUAUGCACUUGUAUUUGUACCAAAUACUAGUCUCACGGUUUUUCUUCUCUCGACAUCAAUCUUUUUAUUAUUAUUUUCAGAUUUCAAUGUAUUCCUUGAAAUAUUAAAGUAUUGUUUAUCGAAAGUGAAAUCAAAAAUGCAUGGCGAGAAGAAGAAGAAGCAGUUGAAGAGCACUGUUCCCUAUCAACUUAUUUAUUAUCGAAUGAAAUGUUUAUAGAGCAUAUACUAAGUAUGCUGUUGAAAUCAUCUAUGCUUGUCAUCGGUGUAACAUCAAAAUAUCCAUAUUCAUUGGAAGCUAUUUUUCGAUUUGCUUUAGUAGAACAAAUCAUAUAUAUUGUACUGCUGUUCGCUUUCAUACCAUCAAUUGCAAGGAUACUAAUCUUGUUGAGUGUACAAAGGAUUAAUUGUGAAGAAAAAGGAGGAAAAUCUUCGAUUCCAGAUCGGAAUCUGUGCAGCUGUCCAACGCAUACGCAUAAUGAUUCGUGUUCAGACGCCUGGUGUUGCUCCUGUUCGCAUGCGAAACGUCGACCUGUAGAUAAUAUCAAUAGCCUUGGGAAUUGUCAUAAUAAGCAGAAGAAGCAGCAGCAACAGCAGCCGAAUGGUCCACAUGGAAUCCAUCAUACUGCUAUUAUAAUAGUCAUUAUCGGUUUGAUAAUCAUCCUGCAUGUUAAUCAUCUUUGCUCUCAGUGGAUUACUCCUGUUGAGCACAAAUCAUCAUCAUCGAGUGGUGAUGACCAUGGAGAAGCGCUUCUUCCUCCUCCUGUCUUGCUUGAUGAUUUAUCCCUUGAUGGUAUCCAUAGUAGCAUCUACCAUCUGCUGGUGUUUAGCCUGUUUCAACUUAAAAAUAUCACUUUGCUUAGCUAUUGUUUCGUUGGUGUCCUUCUACUCUACCGGCGGAUUAGAUUGCAUAAAUCAAUUCGUUCAGAGUUGCUUAAUUUAAAUCUGCCUGUACAGAGUGAUGUCCUACUUACAGAUCAGAUAGAAAAGCUUCCUCCAGUGGAAUUGAAUAAUAAUGUAAAAGAAGAAAAAGAGGAAGAAGAAGGCGACAGUGUACCACCAAUCCAACAACGACGACGACCAGUAAGAAGAAGAAAACGGAUUUACUGUGACACUCAGGAAGACGGGGAUGAUAUUGAAAAGGAGUUUGUACAUGUUCUGUCGUCUGUCAGUACCAACAGAAAUGACAAUGAAUCCACCACCACGCCUGGUUUAUUCGUCGAUUUGGAUGUACUCACCGAAAAGAUAAAACAGGGUUUAGGACAUGAACUAUCCGAUCUGGAGAUUUUACAGUUAAUCUCAUAUGGACGACUUAAAACACGUGAAUUAGAAUCCGUGGUGUCGAAUCCAACAAGAGCUGUUGAACUUCGACGUUUGGAUUUAUCAGCCAGUCUCAGUAGCAAUCCACAUGUCAUUGAACGUAUCCCAUAUCGAGAUUAUGAUUAUCGAUUAGUGCAUGGUCAGUGUUGUGAAGAGGUGAUCGGUUAUGUCCCUAUACCAGUUGGAAAAAUUGGUCCUCUUUUGUUAGAUGGUCGAUCGCACUAUAUCCCCCUGGCUACCACGGAAGGAUGUUUGGUGGCCAGUACAAAUCGAGGAUGUCGUGCAGUAUUCUUAGCUGGCGGUGUCAAAAGUGUUGUGUACCGGGAUCAAAUGACACGAGCUCCUGUCGUCUGGUUCCCUUCAAUCACAGAGUCAGUCGAGUUUAUUGCAUGGAUUGAUUCGCAGGAAGGAUUUCAGACGUUGAAAGCAGCUUUUGAUAAGACUAGUGCGCAUGUCAAUCUACUCUCUGUAUUUGCUAGUCCGGCUGGUCGAUACGUUCAUAUUCGAUUUGCAGCUCGGACAGGGGAUGCUAUGGGUAUGAAUAUGGUAAGCAAAGCAACUGAUAGUGCUUUGCAUUGUCUUCAAAAACAGUUUAGUAAUAUGCAGGUAAUUUCUAUCAGUGGAAAUAUGUGUACAGACAAGAAACCGGCGGCGAUAAAUACAAUUCUCGGCCGUGGUAAAUCUGUCAUCGCUGAAGCACGUCUUCCGGCUAACGUGUUAACUCAGGUGCUGCACACCAAUGCACAUCGGUUAGCACGAUUAGCACAUUCGAAAAAUUGGCUGGGAUCAGCAUUGGCCGGCUGUUCAGGUAUGAUGGGAUCGAAUGCCCACGCGGCGAAUAUUAUCGCUGGAAUGUUUGCUGCGACGGGGCAAGAUUUAGCUCAAGUGGUUGAUUCCUCCGCGUGUUUAACCCAACUGGAAGUUGAUUCAUCCGAUGAUUCGCUGAUCGCCAGUGUUACAAUGCCGUGUUUAGAAGUUGGUACAGUUGGUGGUGGCACCCGAUUGCCAGCACAACGUGCAUGUCUUGACCUGUUGGAUUUAAGCGUUGACCGACCAACGGAACACUUAUCACGCUUGAUUGCUGGAACUGUACUUGCUGCAGAACUCAGCCUGAUGGCAGCAUUGGAUACGGAUGACCUGGUCAGAGCACAUAUGCAUUUGAAUCGGGCUAAGUCAACACCAGCAGCAACAACCACUCAGGGGCUUAACAACAACAGCAACAGUAAUGGCACCAAUAAUCCUCCUGCUGCUGCUGCUGUCAGUAGUGGGAGCGGCAGUGCUACAUCACCGAAUCAUCUUGUUGGAAAUCCUUCAGACGUACAGACAACUGGUCAUUCAGCAGGAGUAGGAGUAGUGCAUGAGAAGCGAUUCUCUGUGAAAAGCGAUCCAGCCAUGAACUCAGAGAUAUCGCAUUACAUAAUGUAAAUGAUAUACCCACCCACCCAUACACACACACACACACACAAUCAAUAUAAUUUAUAUUAUGGAAGAGUUUUGUAAACCCUUAUAUCUUAUAUAUAUGUAUCUAUCUAUA